UUGGUUUUUUGAUUUAAUUUGUUGACAAAUAACAGAAUAAGGAGAAAACGAACAUCCUAGACUGGUUGGCGAGUUUGGGCAGCCCGAACUGGUAGAGCUCACAUCACACACAACACAGAGAGUGCAUCACUCUCUCCGUAGAUUGAUUGAAGACUAGCUUUACCAACUGCAGCUGAGUCCUGAGAAAAAAUUGAAUCAGUAUGAGGAAGCGAGAUUUAGCCAUUCUCAUGCUCGCCGCUUUCGCCAUCUUCUUCUCUCUUCAGCACGAAGGCGAUUUCUCAUUCCGAGAGGCGUGGAUGCAUCUCUCCGAUGAAUACCCUAUCAAAUUCGAAUCCGAGCGCCUCCCUCCUCCCAUCGUCACCGACCUCAACGGCGACGGCAAGAAAGAAGUCCUCGUCGCCACUCCCGACGCCAAAAUUCAGGUUUUAGAGCCACACUCGAGGCGUGUGGACGAAGGGUUCAGCGAUGCGCGUGUGCUCGCGGAGGUGAGCCUCUUGCCUGAAAAAGUCCGCAUUUCGUCAGGGAGGCGUGCCGUGGCUAUGGCUGCGGGCGUUGUUGAUCGAGAAAGGCCUGGACAGAAGUUGAAACAGGUCCUGGUUGUUGUUACCGCGGGUUGGUCCGUGAUGUGCUUUGAUCAUAACCUCAAAAAGCUGUGGGAACACAAUUUGCAGAAUGAUUUCCCGCAUAGUACUCACCACAGGGAGAUAGCAAUAUCGAUUAGCAGUUAUACCCUUAGGCAUGGCGAUGCUGGAUUAGUGAUUGUUGGUGGAAGAAUGGAAUUGCAACCUCAUAUUUUCAUGGAUCCUUUUGAAGAAAUUGGGAUGGCAGAAAAAAUUGCUGAGCAACAUAGAAGAAGUGCUACUGAAAAAGAGGCUCCUGAGAAUGCUGGAACCGUGGAUUUACGCCAUUUUGCAUUUUAUGCAUAUGCUGGUCGGUCUGGUAUACUUCGAUGGGAUAGAAAGAAUGAGAAUAUUGAAGCACAAUCUUCCGAUGCGUCACAGUUAAUUCCACAGCACAACUACAGGCUUGAUGUUCACGCUAUGAAUAGUCGUCGUCCUGGAGAGUUUGAAUGCAGGGAAUUCAGAGAAUCAAUCCUUGGAGUAAUGCCACAUCACUGGGAUAGGAGAGAAGAUACUUUGUUGAAGCUGGGACACUUCAGGCGGCACAAAAGGAAAACCACGAAGAAAACAGCUGGAAAGUCCACAAACUACCCUUUUCACAAGCCUGAGGAAAACCAUCCUCCAGGGAAAGACUCAACUAAAAAAAUUUCAAACCUGAUUGGACAGGCUGCAAAUUAUGCAAAUUCAGCAAAGACUAAGAAGCCAGGACCUUAUAUUCCUACCAUAACAAACUACACAAAGAUUUGGUGGGUUCCUAAUGUUGUUGUGGCUCAUCAAAAGGAAGGGAUAGAAGUUCUUCAUUUGGCAUCGGGUCGCACUGCUUGUAAGCUUCAUCUUCAAGAAGGUGGCCUUCAUGCUGAUAUUAAUGGUGAUGGAGUCCUAGAUCAUGUCCAGGCUGUUGGAGGAAAUGGUGCUGAGCAGACUGUUGUUAGUGGAUCCAUGGAUGUGCUGCGACCAUGUUGGGCUGUUGCAACCUCUGGUGUGCCAGUACGAGAACAACUCUUCAAUGCUUCAAUUUGUCAUCAUUCCCCCUUUAACUUUUUACAACAUGGAGAAUUUUCGAGAUACUAUGGCCGAACAGCAGAUGUGACUUCUUUAGAGGUAGCAACACCCAUUCUCAUCCCAAGAAGUGAUGGUCAUAGGCAUCGUAAGGGAAGCCAUGGUGAUGUUAUCUUCCUGACAAAUCGUGGGGAGGUAACGUCAUACUCCCCUGGCUUGCAUGGCCAUGGUGCUGAUUGGCAAUGGCAGCUCUCAACUGGUGCUACAUGGUCAAAUCUUCCAUCUCCAUCGGGUAUGAUGGAAGCUGGUACGGUGGUCCCCACACUGAAGGCAUUUCCCUUGCGUGUGCAUGAUAAUCAAGAACUGAUUCUUGCAGCAGGAGAUCAAGAAGCUGUAGUGAUAUCCCCUGGAGGAAGUACCUUAACAACAGUUGAUCUUCCUGGAACACCAACACAUGCCCUUAUCUGCGAGGACUUCUCAAAUGAUGGACUCACUGAUCUUAUUGUUGUAACCCCUAGUGGGGUAUAUGGCUUUGUCCAAACCAGGCAACCAGGUGCCCUGUUCUUCAGCACACUGGUUGGUUGCCUUAUACUUGUGAUGGGAGUCAUAUUUGUCACCCAACACUUGAAUUCCAUUAAGGGGAAACCUCGUCCUUCAUCUGGUCCUCGGUGAAACAAGUGUUACACUAAUUGAAAAUUGACAGCAGCUGGUAAGAGAAGCAAACAUAAUGGUAGAAAUAUUGAGUGAAAGUUCUCUUCUAAACCUGGGGAGCAGUGUGGGAUAAAGGGGAUUUGGGAAGAGAAAGAAGGUGCAAGUGGUGUCUGAGUUUCUGGUGACUUUUUGCUUCCCUUCGUUCAACUUGUUUCUACUUUCUACUGUGGCGGUUCAUUUACUUUGUAGGAGAAGUUGCUUUACAAUAUAUAAAUCUUAUGUUGUCAGGGACUUAACAAAUCGAGGUUUUCAUGUAGCUUAAGAAAUGUCCAUGCAUAUAGAAAAUUUUGGGAUAUAAUUUUAAAAUAUAUUUGUUUCCCUUGUA